AUGUUGGUCAAAGUGGUCGCCUUGCUCGCGUUUGCCGGCGUCGUCGUCGCUCAGGACCAGCCCGUGUGCUCUGUCAACCAACUCUUCAAUGGCCAGAUCUGCACCUGUGCACCAGGGUUCGUCUUUCAUGCGAGCUCACAUGCUCUUCUUGCAAAAACGUCAUUGUGUUUGUCAGUUUUCAGUUAUUUUUCGUCGGCCAAUGAUGAGUCGAAAAGUCGCUGUGAGGACGAAUGCGAAGAGGUCUGUUUCUUUUUUUCAUAUCUCUAUCAACUAAAUUUUUUCAAAUUUGGAAAUUUUAAAAUUUUUCACUAGGAGUUUAUUAUUUCAGGAGAACUUCAUUUGGUGGUUGAAAGGAUCAAUUCUGAAGUAUUUAGUAUUUUUCAUGGUCUCUCUUUCCUUUUUUUAAAUGUAGAUACAUUACUUGUGCAAUCGUGGAUCCUUAAGUUUUCAAGUUAAAUCAAGAAAAUGAAUUUAUUUUUGAAGUCAAUCAUAAGUAUGCAGGUUUAUUUCUCGUUCUUCACCUAUGGCAAAUGUGUCGGCGACAUUUUCGGCAAGGUUCCCAAGGACCAGCAGCCGGCCUGCAACUUGCGCUGCGGAGUGAGUUGCCACCAAAAUCUCGUUGUAUUUGUUUUUAUUUCAGCUCCGCUUCCGGCUCUGGACCUCGAUAGCCAUUUUCGCCGUUUUUGCCGCCGCCGCCACGACUUUGCUUCUGCUGCUGCCCAUGUGCAUUUCUUCCUGCGCCGCAUGUCUUCACGCUAAAAAGGUCAGUCUCCACCGGAGCAUUUUUUCUUUCCUCUGAACCAUAGUUUGAUAGCCUGUCACUCAAAUGCGCUCUAUUCGAUCUUGAAAACACCAAGAGAACAGUGGGGAAGGGGUAGGUGAGAACGGAAGAAGUCGAUAGAUUGUCAUCUUUGGCGGCGAUUGAUUUCGGGGGGCUGACCUCAAGUCGCCAAGAAUGCAACAAGGCGUGGGGCCAUAUCCAUAUCGCCAAGAUUCGCGAGAAAAUUCUCAAAUCUAGGUUAUCACCGAGAGAGAAAGACAAAAUGUUACUUCUUUUCCCAAUCAGGUACUUCUAUCUUUUCUUUUUCUCUUCUCUCUUUCUCUCUCUCUGGCGCCAGAUUGAUACAAUGUGCAACCACCGCAAUACACCAAAACCAGGCGUAAAAGGGAAAGUUUUGAGUAAAAAUGCGCCGGCAGGUUGUUUUGUGGAAUAUCUGACAAUAGAGGCGCAUUGGCCUCGUCAAAAAAAAAAAAGCAAAAGAAUAGGAUUUAGAAGAAGCUCCUCAAAAAGGUUUCGAAAUGAAUAUUUGCAAAUUUUUACAUAGUUUGUAUAAGAUGGAUAUUAAUUCGGAUUCUUGGAAAUUUUGAUGCCGUGUUCAAAGUAAUGUUGGCGAUUUCAAAAUUAGCGCGUUAUUCGUUAAAACUGAUUUUGGGAAAUAGGCAGAAUUCGUAUUCCGGGAAGGCGAAGAAAAAAUGAGUCCCACAACGAUAAUAUCGCUAGAUAUGUAUUUUACUGUAACUUCUACGCGCGAACUCAUAAUUUUGGAAUUCUUCGAACAUUUUCUACGAAAAUUCCAAUCUAGCGCGUAAAACUCACCGUAAAAAUGCAUAUCUAGCGAACGAACUCAAACUUUUGAAUUAUUUGGGCAUUUCUACGAAAAUUACGAAUUCUCGCUUAAAGCUGAUUUACGGCUUGCUCGAGCCAUCGAAGAAAGGGUCCUGACACGAUAAUAAAAGAGAUAUUGCCUGGUUGGGGGAGAGCGCAGACAUGCCACGCCCCAAGUUAGCCGUGAAUCGGCUAUAAAACUCGCGAGUCAGCUAACAGGACUGAAAAAUUUUCAAAAAAGAAGAAAUUACAAACCUAAACCUGAAACUUUAUAGGCGAACAAGAACGCGAAGAGAGUAGCUCUGGAGGCGCAGUCGCAGCCGAGCAAAGAUCAGCAAGUGGCGACUAUGGGAUACAAUCCGUACGCUUACUGGCCAUACUACGGUCGAGCAUAA